UUACUUGAUUCAAUACUAACUCAUCUUUUAAUUGGUAGUUAAACGUCUGGGAUGUGGUUUAUAAAAAUGUCAGUGCACUUCCAGAACAAAGUUUAUGACACAGGUAUUCUGUGUUGUUGGAAACUAAAAUAAGCUUAGUUCUGAGUUAAAUGCUUUUCUAAAAAAUACGAAGACGUUUUCCUACGCAGAAGGUUAAAUAUACUUUGUGAUAAAAUGAUUUGGAAUCUUGUAAUUUAUUUCGAUAAAUACAAUAAUAAACGGUGCACAUACUAAUGAAGUUGUCGGAGGUUAUUCGCACACUGUGUCUCCCUGAGUAUAUUACUAAAGUUUACAAUAAUACCGGUGUGGAAACUUUGUACACAUGGCAAAUUCGUUGUCUGACCAUUUUUUUCCAAGGGAAAUACGAAUACGACAAAUUGAAACAAAAUUUAGUUUAUUCGUCCCCUACAGGUUCUGGAAAGACCUUGAUAGCGGAGAUUAUAACACUAUGUCAUUUUAAGCAUUUGUUUGAAGGGACAUGCAAAGCGUCAUUCAAGGAUAAUGAACUCGCAAAUGUUAAUAACAUUCGGAAAAUUGCAAUUUUUGUUUUUCCUUAUGUAACAAUUUUAAUUGAAAAAAAGAAAUAUUUGGAAAAAUUGUUUAAAAAAGAUAUUAAAGUUGAAGUAUUUCACCAAAAAUCUUUUUUAUCAGUUACUCGUACAAUAGAAACUCUCACAUCGUCUGACUGGGAUACCUUUCCCGCACGCUUUGACAUAGCUCUUUGUACCAUAGAAAAGGCGCAUAGUUUAGUAUUUGGUUUAGCUCGAAUGGGUGUGCUUUGUGAUUACGUGACCCUAUUGGUUGUUGAUGAGCUGCACCUUGUUGAUGAAGCACCGGAUGGUAGAGGAGCUUUAAUUAAUUCUAUGAUUAGCAUGUCGCUAUUUUUCUCUUUGAACAAUCGGAAUUUUCUCCAAAUAGUUGCAAUGUCUGCAACACUACCAAAUUUAGUGCAUUUGGGAAACUGGCUAAAUGCACAGGUUUUUGAGACAAAUGAGCGCACCUCAACACUAACAGAAUUGCUUUUUUGUAAUUCCCGAUUGUGGGAGCUUAAACAUCAACAUCAUAAAGGUUGUUGCAAAAUACCUUCCGAUAAGUAUACUGAGGAAAUAUAUAAGGAAGGUUUUUGUUGUAGUUGUUGUUAUUUUGAACCGAUUCAUGUAUCAUUGUCGAAUUUAUCACAAUCGGAUUUAAGCCUUUUUUUAAAUUUAUUUAAAAAAGAGGAAAUUUAUCUAUUAGAUUUAUUAAUUAAAAAUUAUAAGGAGAAGCGUAGUACUAUUUUGUUUGGAAGGUCAAAACGUCAAGUUGAACUAUAUGCAGAAUGCUUAACCAAUGGAAUAUUAAAUUUAAUAAAUCCUUAUCCAAGUGAUGCUCAAAAAAACUUAUGCGAUGAAUUGUUGAGUUGCCAGGCAGCGUAUUCUACAUCGAAAGGAUCGUGUCAAAUGGCAAAAUUUGUUAUUCUUGGUAUAGGUUACCAUCACUCAGGGUUAAGCUUUCAGGAGAGAAAUAUUCUGCAGGCUGCUUUUUGUAAUAGUACUAUUAAUAUUUUAUGCGCUACUUCAACGAUUGCGGUGGGCGUCAACUUACCAGUUCAUUAUGUUAUCAUAAAGUCACCAUAUAUUGGGGACAGUUUUUUAACAUCUACGCAGUAUACACAAAUGGCAGGGCGAGCGGGGCGUUCAGGAAGCGGAAUGCUUGGCGUGUCAAUUUUAUGUUGUAAUUUAAAAGAUGUUAAGGCAUGCCGAAACAUAAUGCAGGGUUUUGUGGAUAUUCCAAGAAAAACAAGUAAUCCAAUCAAAAACGAAUUGUCAUCUUCAUUUCUUCGUUACGUGUUGGAAUUGAUUGUUUGCCUUUCUGAACAAUUUAAACGAGCGAGAGUUUAUGACAUUGGUACAAAGCAUGUUGGUAUACCACUGACUAUGAUAGAAAAAAGUGCUUUAUUUUUUUACAAUCGUUCCAAGUCUACAAUACGUUCUACGGAUUCAAAUGUGGAUGUGUCUUCGGCCUUGCAGUACUUAGUUGAAACUAAUCAGAUAUAUUUUACAACAAUACGACGUACUUAUCUUGAAGUUACAAUGCAAGGUCGAGCUAUUGCCCUUUCUGGUUUAGACCCAAAAGAAGGUUUUUCUGUUUAUGUUGAGGCGGAUCAAUUAUCAAAGCAAAUUGUUUUGGAUUCUGAGCUCCAUUUAUGCUACCUUUGCUGCCCAAUGUCUUUUAGUUUCAACAUCAAUUGGACUGCGUUGAGAUACAUGAUUGAAAAAUUGGAACACUCCGAUCGUCGAAGCCUUGAAAAUAUGGGCAUCGAUACAUCUAUUAUUCAAUAUCACGCUAUUGAGGGACGGCUUUCUAACCAAUGCGCACAAUAUCGGGAGGCAACGUGUUCGUACAAAAGAUUAUUCGUUGCAUUAUUGUGCACUUCUUUGAUUCGUGCUUGCCCUAUUCAAUCUAUCACAAAAAUGUUUAAUGUUACUCGAGGAGACAUUGAGAGUUUGCAAUCAACUAUUGUUAGUUUUGGUACGAUGACAAAAAAACUAGUACAAUCACUUGGAUGGUGGCCUUUGGAAACAUUACUUGAAAAUUUUCUGCCUUUAUUACGCUUGGGAACUUCGACCGAGUAUCGUAAUAUACUUCAGAUUCCAUAUAUGACAUUAAGAUUGGCAAAAGUUCUUUACCGAGUCGGCUUACAGAGUGUCGAGCUUAUCGCGGCAACGUCCGUUUCGAAGCUUUAUCGAUGUUACCAAGAACAUGGUAUUUUGUGUGGUCAAAAAGGGAAUUUUGGCUUGCUACUUGCAACGACAACAUCACAACAAGCGCGUAGUUACUUGAAAUUAAAAAAAGGAAAAGAAGAAAAUUUACAUAAAGUAAAGGAAGAGAGACGAAAAUUUCAGAAUAUGAUAAAAUUGGAUAAUCUCACGUUGCCAAACGUAGAAGAUGCUAGGUCCGAUUUUUCGAAAUUCUCUAGCUUGUCACUAAAUUACCCUUUUUCAAACAAAGUCGGCUUUUCGACGUCACAAAUGUUCAUUACCCCGUGUAAUCUGGAACCGUCCAGCACAGAGCACCUAGUAACAGGGUGCGCUAGCGUCAUUGACGGUGAGGACAUGUCUAGCGUAGAAGACUCAAAUAGUGAAACAUCUGAAAUGAAUGAUUUUUUUACAGACAUAACUGUAUCAGAUACAAAGAAUAGCGACCAUCAUAUAUUUAUCCCGUACUUUUCGAAUAAUUUAAAUUUUUUAAAGGUAACAGAGGGUGAAAUUACUAACACAGAUUCAAAUGAGACAAAGGAGACGCAGAGAAAAUUUACAGAAAAACCUUUUUUCUGUCCACCAAUUGCACGUGAUUGUUACGGGUAUAUUAAAUAUAAACAAAAAUUAAACAAUAAGGAAAAUAGUGGCAAGCCGCUGAAAAACAUUUUUGACAAUCAUGAGUGGAGGUUCUCUCUGCCAAACGUAACACACAUAUGUGACCCGUUGUAUCAAGUUGAUAUGAGAACAUUAGUAAAUUCCGAUCAGGGAUGUUUACAAAGUACAUUUAGCUUUUUGGAAUUUAUGCUACAAAGGCAUUCGGUUGUUAUUUUAAGUAUUCUACUGUCCAUGAAUGAAACGUCAAAAAAAGCAACUCCUAGUGUCUUAGUUGACACUAGCAUGUCCAUCGCACUGCUUUUUCCAUCUGGGUAUCUGUGUGUUCUCCCUAUUAGCAAAGAUAGUCUUUUAAAUCCAAUAGUCCCUGAAUGUUUUGCUGCUUUUUUAAAAUGCAGUAGCAAUAUAUGUGUUGUAGCAGAUAUUAAAUUUACUUUAAAAUUUUUUUUUUCAUGCAAUAAAUUGACUGUUGCAUGCUUGAUUUUGGAUCCAUUUGCCUGCCAUUGUCUGCUGACUUGUCAAAUCUCUGAAGCCUUGACGUGUGAAUCUGUUGAUGAAUCAAUAGAAGAGUUAUGCAAAAUGUACAAUGCGCAUAGUGACUGGAAUGGAAAUGACUCUUUCUUGGAUAAUGAAUUAGUGAAUAUUUGUAGACCAGCCUGCAUGUAUGCUAUACCCUCUUUAAACAUACAAUCCUUAUGGCUGCUUUUGUGCCUUAGUUCUGUGUUGAGGUACUGGAUUUUAAAAUUUAACCUUUCUAUGUAUAUGUGGGGAGUGGAACGCUAUUAUACUGAAGCGUUAGCGUGUGUUGAAUUGGCUGGUCUCCCUUUCGACAAGACUUUUUUUUUUGACGUGUCCCUUGAAUUUCUUAAAACCUACAAAGUUCCAAAUCUUCCACUGUAUUAUAUUAUCUCUUUACGUUUGAUGCAAAUUGAAAUUGAAAUUACUGAGCAAAAGGAAAACACUACAGAUAUUCCUGAGUUGAUUCUUUCUCCAUAUCAUGAUUUGAAUCAUGACCUUCUGAAUACUGAAGAAAAAAAGAAAAACUCUACGGAAACCUUGAUAGACGAAUAUCGAAUUCUGGAAAAAAUUAUAAAAUUAGUUAAUGCUAGUUGUACGCAUAAAUUGAAUGUAGAUGAAGGUCAAUUUGAAGACAUCUUUAACAUGGAUGACGUCGCUGUUUCAGAAGACAGUCAACUUCCCGAUGGAAAUUUCAAAACCUUAAAAAAAUCUAAUACAACAAAUCGUCUGUUUUUUUGGUACAAUCGUAUGAGAACAUAUUUUAAUUCGAUGGUCGCCCCUGAUUAUCGUUUUAUAAGCAGCCUUCAACAGGGUUUACGUUUUACAUUUCCUGCACGCUUUUGUCUGCAAGAAAUACUCGAGAAGAGGUCAUUGUGCAGUCGAAUAGAUAAUUUUUUUCAGCCAUUCUCUCAUGUAAAUUCAAGCGGCAAUAAAAUACAGCAGUCGCCGUUUCCGUCAAUUUGCUGGGCUUUGGUUGUUUUUAAAGACAGUUUAAACUUUACCUGUGAUGCGCCAGAGUGUUCAUUGGUUAAAAUACAUCAAAUUCAUUUAACGACUCAAAAUACUUGGUUAAUUGAUGUCAUUCAUCCAAUGGAGCCUUUUGAUGUAACUAUAAAGCAGUUACACAAAUCGGAACAAUCGCACAUAAAUUCUAUGAAUGGUCUUCUUAGAACGUAUAGUGCAAAAAAGAUUUUCCUAGUUGAUUGUCAUAAUACUGUAUCAUUAUUGCGGUCAAAGAAGUUGAAAGAUAUAAGCAUCGCUCAAAAGGAUGUUCAGGUUUCAGUGUGUAGGUUUUUUGUCUCUUUGGAUAAACAAUGGUUUCUGAUAAUGUGUUAUAAAGAUUUUCUGAUUGAGAUUUUAUUAGCACUACUCAGCGAUUACAAUUUAAAAGAAGUUCUGCAAAAAAGCGCUAUGAAAAAGGAUAUAAAUAAGUGGCUUUCUUCUUUGGAAACCUUUGACGAAAAGACACUUAUAACCACCAAUAAACAUGUAUUUGAGUGGAUUCUUUCUUUUAAAGAUGCCGCUUAUGCACUUGCCCAACAUGCUGAGAAAGCGAAAAACAAAGGGUUUCUCAUGUCCAAGCUCCACAGACGUAUUUACGUGACAAAUGAAACUAAAUUUUUUCAGUUCUACGUUAUGAAAAUUCUCUGUCAUGUGACAGCCGAUGAAAUCAUGAAAUUAGCGACGUGCGGCAUUCAAAAGGAGCUAUCAGGGAUCGGAGACUUUAAAUUUUUACGUCUUAUAAGUAUUAGUACUGGUAAAUUUUCUUUUGAAUGUCUCGGAAAACCCUUAAAGGAUACCUGUGAGACAUUCGUUAAAAUUUGCUGUAAAUCUUUUAAAUACAUUCUAGGUCACCAUAUUAACAUUUCGCUCACGGUUUCAAAAUAUUUGGACUUUAAUUGAACUUCGUUAUGAAUUUAAAUUUCUUAUUACGCUUGCUUUAAUAUUAUUUUUUACUUAUAACUAUAAAGUCAACGUGAUUAACUCGUGAGGAUUUAUCCUACAUUUUUGUUUUAACUGCUGCAGAAAUAAUUUCUUUGGGACAACAGCAUGCUAAAAAUUUUGCUGUAAAACAAGGAAUGAAGAUGACUUAGCUUUUGUUGAAAAUGGGUCGAAAUGCUAAAAUUAAUCGAAACGGAUCUUUCAUACAAAAAAAAAAUUUGAAGAGAGGAAAGCCGCUAAACAAUUCAAAAACUCAAAAAAAAAGACAAGAGAGAAAAGUGAAAAAGUUAGAACAAAGCGAGAAGGCGAGAGAUUGUGAUCAAGAUAAUGAUCAUCAAAUGAUUUAAUUGUUUAACCAUGUCUAUUUGUUUUUUUCAUUACGUCUUGCAAUAAGAAUUUUGUGUAAUAAAGUAAACAUGACGUUUUUUACAUUUAAACUUUCGUGAACGAUGUAGACAAGAAAUAAGAUAUGAAAUAAAAUACAAA